CGGCCUUCUUCAGGCGAGCGCCUCAGCCGCGGCGGGGCGGGGCCUUGGGCCGGCAGCCCAGCUCCUUCGCCGCCCUCGCUGAGGGGAAAACAAAACAAGGCGAGAGGCGGAGGAAGCUGCUCGGCUAGAGGUCGCCUGCGCGGGAGGCGGCAGCAGGCAGGCUGCCCGGCUUGCUGGCUGGCGUUCUCGCCUGAGCAUCCCUCCGGCUCGGCGGGGCGUGAGAUUUUGUAUACCACUGUUUAUGAAAAAGCCAGGAAAACAAACAACAAAAUAGAGCAAAAUAAAUAUAUGAUGCUGAUUCAUGAGACAGAAGGAGAGAGCACUGUGACCAGCUACUGAUUUCUGGGAAGGCAGUUUUUAAAAAUGCUGGAAUUGUUGAUGCUGUCGUACAAAGUUUGUAACUAGUGUGCAAGCCGUUGUACAAGCCGUUCAAGCAUUUGGGGUUGGCGUUGCAGUGGAUGCAUGCGAACAUCAUGAUGGAAGAGAGAGAGAAUUUGUCACCUCUGAAUUCACUGACUGAAUAUUACCCAAUUAAGGAAGCAGACAAAAUAGAUCAAAGUGGCAAUACUCAAAUAAAUGAAGGAAACCAAGGAACAAUGCAGCUGAAAAAGGAAAUCUCUCUUCUUAAUGGGAUUAGCCUAAUAGUAGGAAACAUGAUUGGUUCAGGUAUCUUUGUUUCCCCUAAAGGAGUACUCAACUACAGUACAUCUUAUGGAUUGUCACUAGUAAUUUGGGCAAUUGGUGGGAUUUUUUCAGUAUUUGGAGCUCUGUGUUAUGCUGAACUUGGAACCACUAUCACUAAAUCAGGAGCUAGUUAUGCAUACAUAUUGGAGGCCUUUGGAAGCUUCAUUGCCUUUAUACGACUGUGGACUUCACUAUUGAUCAUUGAGCCAACCAGCCAGGCAAUUAUUGCAAUAACAUUUGCCAACUAUAUCGUGCAGCCUGUCUUCCCUUCCUGUCAACCUCCUUACAUCGCUUGCCGAAUUAUUGCAGCGGCUUGUAUAUGUCUUCUAACGUUUAUAAAUUGUGCCUAUGUUAAAUGGGGAACAAGGGUGCAGGAUGCAUUCACCUAUGCCAAAGUCAUUGCCCUUAUUGUCAUCAUCAUAACAGGAAUUGUUAAACUAAGCCAGGGAUACUCGGACCACUUUCAGGACUCUUUUGAGGGAUCAUCUUGGAAUCUUGGGGGUAUUUCUCUUGCACUUUACUCUGCCUUGUUCUCAUACUCAGGUUGGGACACCCUCAAUUUUGUAACUGAAGAAAUAAAACAUCCAGAAAGGAACCUGCCUCUAGCUAUUGCUGUUUCUAUGCCAAUUGUGACAAUUAUCUACAUAUUGACCAAUAUAGCAUAUUAUACAGUGCUGGAUAUUAAUGCUGUGCUUUCUAGUGAUGCAGUGGCCGUGACAUUUGCUGAGCAAGUAUUUGGCAUGUUCAGUUGGACAAUCCCGAUUGCUGUUGCCUUGUCCUGCUUUGGUGGACUCAAUGCAUCUAUUUUGGCAUCAUCUAGGCUGUUCUUUGUUGGAUCCCGGGAGGGUCAUUUGCCUGACCUUUUGUCAAUGAUCCACAUAGGAAGAUUUACACCAGUCCCAGCGCUUCUCUUCAACUGUACCAUGACUCUCAUAUACUUGACUGUAGAAGAUGUAUUCCAGCUUAUUAACUACUUCAGCUUCAGCUAUUGGUUCUUUGUAGGACUAUCAAUUGCUGGGCAACUCUACCUCCGUUGGAAGCAACCAGAUCGGCACAGGCCACUCAAGUUGAGCCUGUUUUUCCCAAUAGUCUUCUGCAUAUGCUCAGUAUUUCUGGUAGUGGUGCCUCUCUAUAGUGACACCAUUAAUUCCCUGAUUGGCAUUGGCAUUGCACUCUCAGGGAUUCCAGUAUACUUCGUGGGAGUCUCCUUACCUGUUUCCAAAAGACCACCCUUUGUCAGCAAGAUUUUAGGUGCUGUCACUCGAGCCACUCAGCUACUUUGCUACUGUGUUCUGACAGAAAUGGAUACUUUAGAAGAAAAACUAGAAACAAAUCUAUAUAAAGAUGCAAAAGUGGCUAAAAAGGUAAAACAAGAUGCUCAAGAAAUGAUGAAUUGACAGAAAACUUCACUGGAAUCUGGAAUUCUUACUAAACUUGGAUACUUGCCAGAUCAUACUGUGUCAUGAUCUAGUGUUUGUUAUUUUUUUUAUAAACUGUGAUUGAAAAGCCAAUCUUCUCAGGCAUAGAACUUACUAUGAUUUAUAUCUACAGAUUCUAAACUUUUCUUUAAUAGUGAAAUUGAGUGUUGUAUUCUAGAGCUCAGAAAUAGGCAGCCCAGCAACAGGCUUGAUACAAAUUCCAAAUGGCUGGAGUUUGACAGGCACCAAUAAUUCUCCCAACUUAUCAACAGUUCAGCUGUUUUGUGUGAAGUAGUCCUUUGUAGAUCGACGUUAAUGACAAACUAUUGCAUAAGAGGAGUUGAAUUUGUCACUAAAGAUCCAGGGACUGGUUCCUUCACCUAUAGCACACUGGGUGGCAGUUAAUGCCCUGAAGCUGCUGUUCUCUCCUUCACAUUAAAGUUUAGCUUUUUAUUAUUAAACAAAGUAAAACUUUUAAGCUUUAGGAAAAGCUGGUAAGUUUUUGUUUUGGACAAUUCAGAUUAGAACCCACACAAGAUAAUACAAGCUUGCUCCAUCAUCCAUGAAUAACAUGUAAUUGAAGAUGGCAAUCAUAUCUCCUCUGAAUCUCCCCUUAUCCAGGCCAAACGUACCAAACUGGCCUCAUAAGGCUUGGUUUCCAGACCCUUUGCCAUCUUGGUUGCCCUCCUGUGCACAUGUUCCAGUUUGUCAAUAUCCUUUAGUCUGAUAAUUUGGUAAACUGAUUCUCAAAGAAGCUGGAUGAUCUACAGUUAUUCUUGCCUUUCUAUGUAAGAAUGUUUCACUGAACUUUGCUGUACCAAAAAAAAUCAAGGAGCUUUGUAUUAGAACUCACUAAAUGACAAAAUAGAGAAGCAAGCCUCUCAAUUAGUUUGAUCCCCCACCCUUUAUGGAAUUUAUGUUUUUAGACUUAAUGCUGUUCAAUACUGAAUUUGUUUGCAUGAGUGGCUUACAUGCUUGGGGAGGUCAGUUCAGCUGGGAAUGCUUUGAGAUAAAACUAAGGAUGCAAUACCCACUUACCCGAAUGUAAGUCUAAUGAGGCUUACUUAUGAGUAGACACUCUGCUAUGAAGCUGAAAUUCUAUGCACUCGUAUCUGGACAUAUGCUUCAUUGAACAUAGUAGGACCGAUGAGUAAAUACUCAUAUCAUUGCACUGUUCAUCUUUUUUACCUGUUGGUGUUUUAAGCUGGAGAACAGGUUCAUUAAUGAUAUGACCUUUCCUUUUCUUUGGGAGUAAUCCAGCAGAUGGUAGCAUUUGGAACAACAGCCAUUACAAGCAGCUGCUGCUGCUGCUGCUGCUGCUACCACCUCCUUGUCCUCUCAUGCUGCUUGGGGCCAGCUGCUCAGUUUGGACAUGGCAGGAACUGAAACAAGGAACUCCUUCAGCAGCAGCAUUCUCACCAAACUGUGCACAGCAACUGUUGCAAUCGCCUCUUCUCUCACCUUAUGAUGUCGGAGUCUGGUUGCUAAGUUUAGUGGUGGCAGAGACCACACUGAACUCCACACCCUCCAGUGGCAGCUACCUGGGCCAGUCUUCCCAGCAACAGUGGUGGUGGGUAUCACCUCUCUCCUUGUGACCCACAUGUUUAGUAGCAGCAGGAACCACAUCAAAACUUCUCACCAAUAGCUUCCUGGGCCAGUGUGCCCAGUUGCUCAGCUUGUAGUGUAGUUGCAGAAGCAGCUGCUUUAUCUCUCAUUCCCAAUGUUAUCUUCUCAGUGUAUCAGUGGAGUGUGUGUGCCACUAGCAGUCUUAACUUCCAGCAAGAACUGAGACUGGCUGGCUGGGAUAAUUGCGGGAAGGCACAUCACAUGUCUGGGGUUGGCUAUGGGAGAGUUGCAGAGGGCCUUCCAUGCAACCUUGCUAACCUGUCCUGCUCCUGAAGGCAAGUAUCCUACAAAGGAUAAAGAGGAUGUCUGUAUUGUCCACCCCCUCCAACCCACCCACUGCUCACCCAUCUCUGCCUGCAAACUGCCAUACUUACAGGGGUUUCCUAGUGUUAAAUAAUAGAAAUAUAUGCAAUUGCUGAGGCAAAAACCAAAGGGUUUUGUUUAGAAGUCCUUUGUUACACAGUUUCUGGUUACUUCUACAUGGCUAGUUGAACAAAACCCUAUCUGCAUUUGUUAAAUAAUAAAAAUCCCAGAACUUGACAUCGUUGUCUAAAUAUUAGUUUGAAUACUGUAGUGCACAGCCCUAUAAGAGGGCAACUAUAUUGCUGCAGCUUGAGGAAAAAUACUGAAAUCUCUCAAUUCAGAUGUCUUAUUUGUGACUAAAGGACUUGAACCUGCAUUAAUAGGCAUGUGAUUGUGAAAAAAGUGGGGCUUUCCUGCACUGCAGAUUUUAAUGGUUUAGUGUCACAGCUGGAUUUAUAAUCUGGUCCAUUUAUCCAGAUAUUCCUUUGGUGUUUAUUUUUUUACCUGCAGAAAAUGUGAGAAGUGCUAUGAAGAAGUUCAUUCUUUAGAUUUAACAUAAUGAUUCAAAAUGGACAGUAAACCCAAAAUUGGAACAACCCAUCUAUCCUAAUGCUUCUUUAGUAGGUUUGAAACUGGAAUAAAGCAUUUACUUUUAUUUUCAAUAAACAGUGACCUAUUUGAAAUUGUAAAAACAUAAUCCUUAAAAGCACAUACUUUUAUUUUAUUCCCGUGUGUAAAUUUGGCAUUCCUUUGUAAAGUUUUCUCUAGGUUAUUACACUCCCAACAUACUGUUAAAAAGACUGCAAAGGAUAGCUCCUGAUUUGUCCAACUGAUUGUUAAUAACAACAGCUGCUUUUAUAUGAUGUUAAUGUGUGCUGGAACUUUGUGGGAGGAUGAAACUUCCACUAUGUGGGAAUAAAACGGUGAGACUCUGA